GUGACCAAGAUAAGAUUUUUGUCUACUGUGAUUUUUCACGCGAGAAUUUUCGAGAUCAAGUUUCGGUCAACUGCGAGGACAAAGGCUCUGCUUUGUUUUGAACUACAUGUUUUCUUUGUUCGAAAAUAGUCCUCUAAAAUGGAUCUUAGUUUUCGUUUUUCUCGAUUUUGCAACAAGCAUUAAUUAUACAGAUAUUCAGUUAGACACAUGGGAAUCAUGGGGAGACUGUAACGUCACUUGUGGUCAGGGUCACCAAACAAGGUCACGAACAUGCCCCGACUUGCAAACUCUAAAUAAUUGUUCCUUGUCCAACACAGAAGUCCGAAUUUGUUUUGGAAACCAAUGUAUCGGAAAAACGAAUUCUUCAAAACAUCACAAAGGGUCUACUGAGGAAGAGAAAGCAAACGACAAUGCUAUAAAUAGCGCUGUUUACAGCACCUUGAUCUUCAUCCCAGGUAUCAUUGGGUUCAUUUUUGUUUGUUUCCGAACGCACCGAAAAACAAAAAUGGAGGAAGAACGAUUAAAGGAUAUUGAGAGACGUAAACUUUCCCUCCGAGAUGACGCUGUCACGUGACGUCAUGUGAUCUGAGGCUGCAAGAGUUCGACUUUGUUUUACAUAAAAAGAUCAACUGGUCUUUCGAUUUAAAGCAAUAGUUACCAAAACUGUGAGGGGGUAUUUGUAAAAGUGUUUUGGUAAAAUAUCCUAACUAUUCGA